CAAAGCAAAAACCCUAACCUCUUCAUUUUUGUUUACCGUAGAAGUUUAUAAUGCUCCCUCGCUCCUACGCCGUCAAUUCCCUUUCCCGAUCCCAAGAACUCGCCUCCGCAAUCAUCGCCUCCACCGCCCCCUCCCAGAUCUCCGCCACCUGCGCCUCCAUUGAUUCAUUCCUACAGUCACAUACACCCGAUCAGUCCCGCCAUUUCUUCUCCAUCACCUUCCCUACACUCAUUUGCAAGCUCUUCGGCUUCGAUGACGUCACGUCACUACCCCCACCUCCACCGUCUCAGAAACCCCAGCUUCCCCAGUCCAAUGGAUGGAUCGAACUUGCCUCUCAGUCUAACCACGCUGAUUUAUCCUCUAAAGUAUUCUCCCUCCUUUCCCCAAAUGGAACCCUGAUGAACUCAAUUUCAGCCGUUGAUAGACUUUCCCUCGUCAAAUACGUUUUCCCUGUUGAACGGCUCCCUGAGUGGGUCCGGUUCAUGUUGUCGAACGAAAAAUAUUGCCGGGUUAUUUCCGAUUUGUGCCCUUUCUUUAAAGGUAAAGUCAAAGAAGAUUCGGUUCAGGGCUCUUUAUGUCAAAUUCAACUGAAUGUUUUUGAAUACUACCUGUUUUGGUUCGCUUAUUAUCCCGUUUGUAAAGGAAACGGCGAGAACUUGGACUUGAAUUCAGUAAAAAGAAGCAGAAAGUUUAGGUUAGAGAACUGGACACGCUCAAUUCCGGGGUUUUCAGGGUCAAUUAAGCGUGAAAUGGAGCAAAAAUUUGAGGGUAAUCUCUAUGUACAGCUUUUAUUUGCUUAUCUUCGUGCAUUUGUGCCUAUAUUUGAUUUGGGUGCUCACCAACCCUAUCGUAGUUCAAUUUUGAAUCAUACUUUGAACUGUGAUGGUUCAGUCAUAUUUCGUGCCGAGUUUUUGGUCAAGGUCUUCGUGCAGUAUUGGUUGGUUGAUAAUGAUUUUUCGCCAUUGCCUGUUAAUGUAUGCAAAUCAUUUGGUGUGUCGUUUCCAUUUAGGUCAGUGUUGGGGGAGAGCCCACCGACAAGUGGGCUGGGUGAGGUGGUGAAGUUGUUUGUGAAGUACUUGAAUUUGAGCUCAGUGAUAACUAUGGAUGGUUUUGACAAUAUUGAGUAUAAUGGAAGUCCAAGCUGGAGGGUUUCUGGUGGUUUUGAUAGUGGGACGCCAAGGGACUUUGUUUCCUUGUCACCUUCUGUGGGUUCCGUUGGCUCUUGGAGCACCUGGAUACAAAGGCCUUUGUAUAGGUUUAUAUUGAGAACAUUCUUGUUCUCUCCUGUGGGAACUUCAAUAAAGAAUACAUCCCAGGUGUUCUCCGUAUGGGUUAGUUAUAUGGAGCCUUGGACAAUCAGCUUGGAUGAUUUUGCAGAGCUUGAUGCGGUUGUCAAUGGAACAAGUAAGGAUGUGAGGAAUCAGGAAACACAGACUGAAAUUUCUGGAUAUUCUCCAUUGUGGCAAGCCUUUGUGUUGUCUAAUUUUCUAUACUACAGUUCACUGGUUAUGCAUUUCGUUGGGUUUGCACACAAGUUCCUUCAUACAGAUCCCGAAGUAAUUGUCCAGAUGGUAUUGAAGGUUAUAAGUUUGCUGACAUCCUCUAAAGAGCUGGUUGAUCUUAUAAAGAAUGUAGAUAGCCUUUUUCAUUCUAAACAAGGUGGAUCAAGCAAAUCAGCCCUCAAUGACCUGUAUAGAUUUGUUCCUUCAAUUCGUGAACAAUUGAAGGAUUGGGAGGAUGGUUUAUGUGAAAGUGAUGCUGAUGGAUCUUUCUUGCAUGAGAACUGGAACAAAGAUCUAAAACUCUUUAGUGAUGGGGAAGAUGGGGGACAACGACUACUUCAGUUGUUUAUAUUGCGUGCAGAAGCCGAGUUGCAAGGUGAUGAUAUGGCACAUGCAGUAAUAGAUUCAUUAAAAGAAAAGGUGAGCUACUUGUUUGGUGGCUCUAUGGUGAAACCAAUUCCAAUUUCACCUGAACUGGGACAGACUCAACACAUCCGCGAUGAGCUCUUCAAACCCAGAAGAGUUGGCAACCAAACCUCAGCUAAUGUCACAUACAGGGGUGACUGGAUGAAGCGCCCAAUCUCCGAUGAUGAGGUUACAUGGCUUGCAAAGUUGCUUAUUUGGUUAUCCAGUUGGUUGAACGAAAGCCUUGGCCUAAACUGCCCAGAAGAUAAUGAUGUUGAUCAUAAGUGGUCCUAUGUGGAUCUCCCAGGCGAUGCAGUAAACCUGAGCAGACCAGGUGAGAUCGUUAAAACUCUUGUUUGCUUAAUUGGUUCAUGGCUAUUAAUGAUGGGUACAACAACAACGAGAUUAAUGAGAAAACAUGGUUUAAGGAUAAAUCUUAGGGUGUUGGCUUCCAAGAAGGUGGUGAUGGUGUUGCUCUUGUUUGUUGUAUAUAAUGUAGUUAAGAAAGCUUUUGGAUUGUGUCGUUAAUAUUGUAAAUAAAUCAGGCACAACAAUAGGGAGAAAUGUUUUUUUUUCCAGUUUUUUGGAUUUGAUCCACUCUUUUGUGUUCAAAGCAGUGUGUGAAGCAAAGAAAGAA